AUGGAGAGGCCGCGUGGGCAGCCAGGGGGCUUCACAGAGGAGCUGAGUGCUGGGCAGGGAAACACCAUUGUACUGUUCGUCUGGAGACUCUCUGUCAAAGCCGGCCCGUCUGACACCUUGGAUCACAGUUUGAUAGACGGAAGAGUAGCUCUCACUGACUACGUCCUAUUAAGCGCAGUGAGCAGGUGGGGGCAGCUGGAGAGGCUGGCUGACCUGGGGGUACAGGAGGAGGGGGUGUUUGUUUGGACGUGA